AGACCUCAUGGCUUCCAUUCCGGUUCCUUAGUGCUGUUAAAAUGUAGUAUUUCAUAAGCACUUUUUGUCGAUACGAGAAACUGAAAUGUCUAUUUCCGUUUUAAUUUGGGUUGGCUUUAUAAUUCUCGGAUAGACAAUAUCCACUAUCACGCUAAAAUGCAUGCCAUAUGCAUAAUAUUAUACACUGUAAACAUCGAGCAUAAGCCUUUGAAAAAGCAGUUUUCAUUUCUAACUCACAGAGAAAUGAAUUGUUUUAGGGUGAGAUUAUCGGAUCACUAAUUUGUCCGUCAUCCGUCCAUUAACAUUAUUUGUUCUUUUCGUUCAUUUUCUUUGCGAUGGGAAAAUAUUUACGUAAGAACUCAAUGUCACGGAAACCCUGUAUAAUCUUUAACAUGAAAGUUAAACAUGAAACAUUUAUCAAAAUUGCUCAUAUUUAACAUAACAAGAUGUAAUCAUGUAAUAAUGUAAUUAUUGUACAAUUAAUACUGACAUUAAUCCAUCUCCACUUGUCAAAAUACGAGGCAGCACUAUGGGAACAAACUGGUAUCUAUAUGGUAUACUGUAUGCUGUGGUGAUAAGCUGGUGUGAGAAAGAUAUCGGAUACAGUCAUGCUAGAAUGAAUACUCUAGAGUAGCUUCAAAAGAUAGAUGUGAACUGUUAUUUCAAUUUGGAAGGAGUAUUAUUAUACAAGAAGAAUUCUUACAGGAAAAUAUUCUAAAAUAAGUGCUUCUUGUUUUAGACGAAAUACUGAAGUCUACGAUUGUGCGUUUCGUUGUUCCAGCGUUUGGUUUUGUGAAUUUGUAGUGUUUUAUACUGUUUAUUUCCAGUGUAUUUUUUUACGAAAUUAUAUUUGCUCUUACGUCGCAAUAAAGGGACUGAAUACAGGCAUAAAUGAGUUUCCAUUUGUGCAAUUUUUUCGUUGUUGCAACAGUUCUAGCUAGGCCAUGUUGUUUCAUGGAAAUAAAAUUAGGAGUGAUCCUACCUGAAGUGUCUAGUUAUCCAUGGAGCAUUAAGUAUGUGAUGCCAGCAAUCGAAAUGGCGGUUGAAAGCGUUCAACGUGACAUUGUACCGGAACAUAGAGUGUUCACUUAUGUGAAGGAUUCAGAAUGCUCAGCGACUAUGGGAGCAUUAGCAGCCAUGGAUUUAUACAAAGAUAAACACGUCCAUGUUCUCUUUGGACCAGUUUGUCCAUAUGCUGUAGCACCUGUAGCGAGAUUUAGCCCGCACUGGAAUAUACCUGUUAUUACAGCUGGUGCAAGCGCAUAUGACUUUGACUAUAAAUUUAAAUUCAAGCUGCUUACUCGAGUUCAUGAAACAUAUUCGAAAGAAGCUGAUGCCAUCAUCAAACUCGCAACCCAAUUCAACUUGACAAAGUUUGGCCUGUUGUAUGAAAAAUAUGGAAGGUCUGCAUCAGGAUAUUCCGACUGUUUUUACAGAAUAUCAGCAAUCCACUUUAAAAUCAAGGAAAUAUUUCCCUGGUAUGAAAUAUUUUUUAGGGAUCUUUCUUCAAACACAGAUUUUGAUGACAUUCUUCAGUCAGCAUCACAAAAUGCAAGAGUUAUUGUACUGUGUGGCAGUCCUGAGUCUGUUAGAGAAUUGAUGAUUACAGCACACGAGCUCGGCUUCGACAAUGGAGAAUUUGUGUUCCUCAACAUCGAUUCAGGAGAAAGUGAAAACGAAUUUGAUUUGCCUUGGUAUAGAGAAGAGGAUACAGUGGAAAGGAACAAUAAAGCCAGAAAUGCUUACGAGGCCCUAAUGCUAAUAUCACUACGCAAACAAAAGAGUCCUGAAUAUAGUAGUUUCAGCAACGAAGUCAAGCUUAGAUCAAAACUACGUUACCAAAACUUUACCUCCUACGAAGGGGAGGUAAACAGUUAUGUCGGUGCAUUCCAUGAUGCAGUAGUACUAUAUGCACUUGCCUUAAACGAGACGAUCGAAGCUGGCGAAUCAAUCACUGAUGGUUCAGCAGUAACACGACGAAUGUGGAACAAAACAAUUAACGGUAUCACAGGUGCUGUGACUAUAGACGAAAAAGGUGACAGAAUAAUGGAUUAUUCACUUCUAGAUAUGGACCCAAAUACAGGGAAAUUUCAGGUUGUUCUAAAUUACGUAGGACAAUCGAAAGAGGUCGUGCCUGAACCUGGUACUCGAAUACACUGGGGAGCUGAUUAUGACAAUGUCCCUUCAGCUUCUUUUUGUUGUUGGCCAACUUUUCGAUGUAUAGAUGUAUGGCUGUGUUUGGGAUGCUCUGUGCUUUUGAGAAAUCUACCCAUACCUUUUAUCUUUUGACAUCCAAUGUUACGGAGGAUCAACAUACACAUUGAACUCAAAGUUUUCAACACGACAAACAGUGAAGACGAUGUUAAAGAAUGUGCAACUGACGCUUGCAAAGAUCUCAGAUGAAAUGAAAGAACACAGUUAAUUGUAACGAUGACAAAGUUAAUAAAAGAAGAAGAUGGCUUUGACAUAGAUUCUUAAGCUUUUACAGUGAACAUUUAUAGCACACAUAAACAUCUUACAUUGCAUAUUUGGAUCGUUUUUUUUUUUUCGUUUUUUUUUUUUUUUUGAUUUAACGUCGCACCGACACAUGAUAGGUCAUAUGGCGACUUUCCAGCUUUUAAUGGUGGAGGAAGACCCCAGGUGCCCCUCCGUGCACUAUUUCACCACGAGCGGGCACCUGGGUAGAACCACCGACCUUCCUUAAGCCAGCUGGAUGGCUUCCGCACAUGAAGAAUUCAACUCCCCGAGUAAGGUUCCAAUGUGUUUGAUUAAAGACAUUGUGUCUGAAAUCAUUCGUUUUCCACUACUAAUUAUGUGGGGAAGUUGGCACUUACUUGCGGAGAGCAGGUUAGUACUGCUGGUAUAGAAUCAAGGAACACUUGUUAGGUUAACUGCUCACCGUUAAAUAACUAAAAAAACUGUUGAAAAACGGCGUUAAACUAAAAACAAACAAACAAAUCAAAUAGAUGAUACGUGAAAUACACUAUUGAAAAAACAACAACAAUGAAACAAAACAACUAAUUGAAGAAAAAAAAACAACAAGAACAAAUAAAACCCGCACGAUUUAUUUAGUGAAUAUCAUGAAAUAAAUAAUUCUUAUGGUUUAUAAUAGAUUUUCAGACUAUGGAAGAAGAACAAGCACAGGCGUUUAAAAACGCUACACGUCAUUCUGCCAUCAAUUCCGGAGCGUUAAUUAGUUGCCAUCAAUUUGGGAGCGUUAAUUAGUAGCCAUUGUCCUCAUGAAAACUUUAUAACAGUUUGACUCACCCAAAAAUGUUACUAUGUAAACUUUACCAAAUAUAUGUAUAAGAAAUGUUUACUUCUAUCUUUGGUUGUUUACCUGUCAAUAUUAACAAUCACUAUCUAUUGUGCAUGAAAAGAAAAGCGUUUAUUUUCGUAUAUUACAAACAACAUUGGUAUAAUAAUUUGAAAGUAGAUCCUUUUCGCAGGAUUACAUGCGCGAUCUGACGUCAUUCCCGAAAGAAUAUGAUUACAUUGCGUCUUUUGAACUAAACUUUAAAGAGAAUAUAAAAUUACAACGUAUUCUGCUUUUUCUGAUGCUAAAUGUCAAGAUUGAAGCAACAAGACAAAAUGAUUUUUCUGUUUUGAAUAGAUAAAAGAAACUGUAUGAAUUGAAUGUGGGAGGAACGUUUCGGCUCUUAUUUUUUAUUUAUGGAAAAGAUCAUCAAAUCCUGAUAUGUAUUUUGGUGUUCUGAUACUCGUGGAAAGGAAACCAUUUAUUAUACUCAUUAGCAGCAAGCUACUGUAACGAUGUGACUACCAGGAUUAAAUGUUAUUUCAUGCGUUAAUACGGGUAUAAACUACAUGUUAACUACUACAAAUCAUCCAAUGAUCGCUAACUUGAUUGAUGGAUUUAUUCCAGUGCUGUUUAUUUUCGUUUAUCUCGUGUUGGACGGCCUAUGUUUUCAAUUUAUUUUACUUUAUUAUCACAGCAGCGUUGUUUGUGCCGUGUGGCGUCCAUAAAAAUUCUCCUCGUACUUUUAAUCAUAGCUGUUAUAUUUUGAUUUCUACAGAUCAUUCAGCACGACAUUUCUGUUGUUUGAGUGCACUGUUAAGUUUUACAGCUUGAGCAUUUCGGCUUUGGUGGUUCCAAUACUCCCGCUUUAAAAGCUUUGGGUAUUGUUUAACCAGACCUUGGAUAUGGUGCCUGCUUUUUAAUUUUGUCUUUUGGCAGUUUCUGUGAUAUACAUGCUCCAUAACCACAGAUCCCAUAUCUAAGUUCCAGUUCCGCUCAUUGUUUUCUCGUUUAGGAUAAGGCCAUUAUUUUAUCUUGGGACCAUACGCCGCUUCUCAUGGAAUUGCACUCUGCAUCAUUGAGGGUUCCAUGUGCACCGCCGUAUGAAUAUAUCUGCGGAUAUAUCUGCGGAUGUCUCUUAAUUAUAUCCUAGUAUAUGUAACCUGUGUAAAUGUUGAGUUCUGCUUAACCCGGGGCUAGAGGGCGUAGACGGUAGCUUGCAUCCCCACUACUGUCCAUGAACAGCCUCAGUCAAACCAAGCCGGUAACGUGUUCGUUUAUGUCGUGUUGGACGACCAGUUAUUUUCAACAUUUUUACUUUAUACUCGUAUAAACGCUCACAAAUUAGUUCAUAUUGUGAUGUCUUACAAGCAUUACAUUCGCAAUCUAAAAUUUGAAGUUAAACGACACUCGGUUAUGUAGUGUCUAUGUUGUGAAACUAAACUAGCAAAAAAUGCGUGACGCGAAUCAGCAAGUGUUCCUUCAUCUGUAGCUGUGCAGGAAAGCUUUUCUAAAACCUCCCUGAACUAGAUUUGCUUAAAUAAAACCACCAAAGGACAGAAACAUACGAUGGUAAAUAAGUUUUAAAAGUAUAACCAUGUUAAUUGAUCUAAAUGUCAUACAUAAACACCAGAUAAUAGAUUCUGUUAAAGGUUUAAUGCAGCAAUCAUAGUUCAUUAUAAUUAAGCAAGUUGGUAAUUUACUUCAUAGCGGGAUAUUCAGUGCAAUGUAGAUAAUAUGUCCCGUUUUGAAUUGAUGUCUACGACAAUAAGGUCUAUGGUCAACAGUAAGCCAAAGGAUAUAUCAUGGUAAAUAUACAUCGAAAUAAAUAGAAGGUCAAUGAUAAUUUAGCAAUUUCAACGUGAGCGCACAAACAUAAAUGGGAAAUAAGUACAAAGCUAUCCUGGUUUAUGGGACACCUCAUAUAAAGUUUCAACAAUUUCUUCUACUCAAAUAAGAAAGAAAUUGACAUCAUUCUUUAUUUUGAAACCCGGUUUAAAAUCCGAGGAAGAGCCAUGCAUUUUUAAACACAAAAUACUACAGAGCAGUGUGUAUCUGGCUGAAUGGACAAAUAUUCAACUAUUGCAAUAGCGGCCUUUACUUACUGUAUGGAGGUUGCAACAUGUCCCAUUAUACUUGACCCAGUGUGAUUAUAUUUUCUGGUUCUUUGGUAUGAUGAAGAAUAAUCAUUUUUAUUGUAAUAGAAUUCCGGUAAGGUUGUGCUAGGGGCGUGAGGGCAGUUGCAGUCAUUUCUUUGCCUCUCACGAACUAAAUAAAACUGCGUCUGUAUUUCUUGGUUUUGUACAAUACUUCCUAAAUAUUUUUUUUUAUCCAUUUUAAAGUGGUAAGAGUUGGUGGCAUUGACAUAUGAUUGCAUUUAUCAAAACAGCCACAUUAAAGAUUUUCAUCUUUCUCUAAUGACUUAAACAUGAUAGAAAACAGCUUGGUUAAGUAUUCAAACUAACAUUUAUGUUGAGCUUUAAUCACAUUAAAUGUCAGAUGUAUGAAAGCAAUUUGUUACUCAGACAUUACAUAUUUUAACUUCCAUUAUAUGUAGAAAAGAAAACUAUCAGUACUGUUUAUGCGCACAAAUAUGUUUCUUUCAUUUUUUAUUUUAUGUUCACAUAGAUAUCUGGUAGUAACUGUUAAUUUUUCAAAUAUGAAAUGUUGUCAUAUUUUUCUUUAAUACAAUUUAAUUUAUUAAUUAAUUGAUGAAUUAUCUCAAUUUUAAUGAACAAGGUAGAUGUUUAACAACAUAAUACACAACUCAGUUCAGUUUAAAUAGGAAAAUAUAUAAGAACACUUAAGAAACAUAGAACGCCACCCAGCAAAAUAUUUUGUCAGACUCGGUUUGAUUGGGUUCAUGAAAAUUGCAACACCCCUUAGCCCCCAUCCUGCCAAGCACGAGAUACGCAGAAUAAUAUUAUAGUAAAAUUAAAUGGACUAAUGACACUUAAAGGAUGCAUAUAAUUAUAACUAAGGUGCGUUUUCAUAAAAAAAAUCCAAUAACGUAGCGGUCAGAAUGAGACCUCGCAAAGGAACACCAACAGAUAGCCAACCCGUCUAUGACUGAUAUUUGUAAUCAUCAUAUUACCUGUCCUAUGCAUAUAUUACGCUUCCAGUUGUUUGCAUAUAUAUUCUUUAUAAAAUGAAAAAUGUUUAUAGUGUUUUCACAUAUAUCCAGAUUAAUUUUAGGUUACAAAUCUUUCACUCAUUUGAAGAAUAUUCUUAAUCAUGAAAGAUGAGGAGUUGUGUAUUAUCUACUUUGUGUUUCUUUUGUGCUUAACGCCGUUUUCCAAAGUAUUUUAAGUUAUGCAAUAGUGGACAGUUAACCUAACCAGUGCUCCUGGAUUAUGUACCGGUACAAACCUGUUCUACGCAAGUAAUUGUCAGCUUCUCCCAUAUGAAUCAGAGGUGGAGGACGAAUGAUUUCAGACACAAUGUCUUUAUCAAAUCCUCAAGGGGAACAUACGUCACACUUGGGGAUCGAACUCACGACCAUGCGACCCGUAGACUUAUGCACUCCCUAUUGAGCUAAGCGGGCGGGUGCAAUGUAUCUCCUAUGGGCAGUUUUCCUGUAACAUUUGCACUUAGCAAUAUCAUAUCAAAAUUUCACUUCUGUGACCUUGUAUUACUAUACAUUAUCUUAACAAAUGCAACAUUCUCUUUCAAUUGUUCUAUCAAAAUGUCAGAAAUAUAUUUCAAUGACAUUUUAGAAAUAAAACAACUUAGCUUUAAUUUGUAUAUUUGCCGCCAUUCCAAAUGAUAAAAUAGCGUUCCAUAUCCUGCUCGCUAUUGAGCUAGACCUUAUGGCUUCCAGUCCGGUUCCUUAGUGCUGUUAAAAUGUAUACUUUCAUAAGCAUUUUGUUGUGUUUUCUUGAUGGUUUUAGUUGAUAAAAAACUGAUAUCACAUGAACUUGUGAAUAAAAGCGGAUACUGGAAACUA